AUGAUAUCCUCCUUGUUGCUGAGGAUCACGAGCAGUUGGCCAGUCUGCGCCAGCUUCUCUGCGCUGAGAUUGUUGCUGUUCUUGAUAGGUGGCUCGAACGAGACUGGCGAUCCGCAGGAGGAGCGUCUUUGUUGGAUAUUGACUUUGCGCUCUGCUAUCCAGGUCAGGCAAGAUACCGAGGUCGAGCCAGACGAAAUGCUGUCGAUGCGCAGACAGGCUUCGGAACAAAGCAGAACAAAGAGAGGGGCGAGCGCUGGCUUUGUCGAGAUUGGAAGAGGUGAUGCAGAGCUAGAUGAAGCGAUGGAGGGCGAAGAGAAGGAUAUGGAUGCGCAAAUUAGAGUUCCUCCGGUGAGCGAGGUUGGUGGGUUGAGAGAUGCAACCGGGCGUCAAGACAAGCACCGAACUGAAAGAGCAAGGCCAAGGAGCAGCUGA